UAAAGGCAAUUUUCGUUGAGGCGGCCUCAUCAUUUCUUAGAUUGUUCUACUGGUACAUCGGCUACGCCUAUGUUAUCGGCCGCGGCUUACUGGCUACCAUUGUGACUUUUCUUUUUGAUUUAGAAGGAACGAUGCGGAAAUUCGUUCAACACACUGGCAGUGCCACAGACACAAGAAAUAUGCCCCAUGCGGCGGUCACAGUUCUGGUAUUCGUGUUAUGUAUCUACAGUGCCAAGGCGGCUCCAGUGGACGAUAUCUUACCAGAGGAUGCCGCAGUUAACAGUAACACCUCCCCGUGGUCGACUACGUCCGGAGACACGGACUAUCGCAUAUCAGUAACCACAGAUGAAGACAGAAAUGAAGACACCAACACGUCCAGCUUAACGUUACAAUAUGCAAAGCAGAUGGCAAAGGUUCUGGUCAGCGUCUUACAACACCUGGAAAAAGAGAAGUCCACGGGACUGGCGAAAAGAUCUCAUAAAAAAUCUCAACUUCUUCCCAAUCCCUUUGACCGCAUGCGCAGAGGACGACAUCAAAUGAUGUCCUUCAUGCCAGGAAUCAUAGUCCCCGGAAGUGAACGAUACGGUCGCUACAGAGUCAAUAGAGGUGUCCGUAGAAUGUCCAAUGACCUGCUGAGCGCCAAAAUCCAUGCGCUGAUAUCGUACUACUUCGACAGUGUGGGCCGCGAAUUGAACAAGGAAAGACAUUUGUACUCCAGGUUUACGGGAUAGUGCGAGAGGUCCGACACGCAUGCGCGGCAGUUUCGUCUAAUUUUGGGAAUAUGCGGGAUGAAUAUUAUGAAAAACCGAACUCUAUCUGAAACAGACACAACGCUGUCGCUAUGUUUCUGAAUUUAAACUUAGAUUGACGCGUCUAUAGGGUUGAAAAUCGAUUAUAGCGGCAGCUAUUUUUGGCAUUUAAAACAAAAUUGCUGGUACUUACGACCACUUUUUAAAACAACUUUUUGAAACAGCCACAGUUGACGGGAAUACCACUUUUUCGUUCACCAAUAUUGUACUAUAAACAUAUGGGGCGUUAAAUAUAUAUAUAUAAAAACAACAUAUUUGAAAAAUAAUUUACAAUUUAGAUGUGGGCUAGAUUGCAUGUGGUUUAUUUGCCACGUUAUAAUAUCGGUGGAUAGUUUUUGCCCAGCCUUCUCAGAGGCGAUUUUAACAAUGCUGAGACAGACUUGGGGAGUGAAGCGAUUUCUUAAUUUUAUAGUUAUGUACAUUGCACUGCCAUGUAACGCUAAGAUAUUUUUUUCAUAUUUGAAGGUGUUUUAGGAUGAAAUAUGCUUCUUUUCGAUGUGAGGUACAUUUCUGGCUGUACUCCAUGUACCAAAUUUACAGCAAAUUUUGGGGAUAUCUAUGUGAUAGUUUUCUGUUUAAAUCUAAAAUUAUGACUUUAUACAUAACAACAAUUUGUCAAAUUGCUUUUAAUUUGCCAGUUUCUGAUAAAGUAGGUCCUGUAUUUCGGGCCUUUUAGGGUUGCCCUGCUAUUAUGGGCCUUGUUAAUGAGCACUACGUGAAUGCACAUUUACAUAUAGUAUACUUCGAGAAAUUGAACUAUUUUUGUUUAUCUUUCUUGUUUAGAUUAAACCGUAGGUGGAUCGACCGUAAACAAUUAUUGUCGUAUAUAGCCUGUACUCGUUCUUUCCAAUUUGCUGAAAUGCAUCUGUCUAUUGGCUAAUACCGUAUCGCGAUUUCAGAGGUUUUAUAAAAUUAUAAUGCCUUUAUUGAUACACCUUCGCCUUCUUUAACAUGUGCUGUGUAAUUCACGAUUAAAUAAUUUGUUAAAAUAGACAUUAAAAAGGGAAGUAAGAAGAUUAAUGGUGCUGCAUAUGGAUCUUGUUUGAUCCUGUAUAAAUCUAUGGCUUCUUGUACCCAGAGAGACACAAUAAACGAAAUAAAACUUCAUAUUUGAA